CUCUCUCCUCCUCCUCUCGCUUUCUCUCUCACAAACACAGAGGGAGACACUCUUGCUUUCUCACACACAUGUUCUUUGCGCCUCCUCAUUGGAGCUAACGCCGCACGCGAGGUGACUUCGUCCACUCACUGUAUUGGCGUCGCCGGGGAGGGGAGCCUGUGGAAGACUUGGAGGCUGCCGCUGCCUCUCACGCUCCUCCGUGGACCAGGAGGGGAGAGCGGAGGGGAGGGGAGGAGGGAGAGAGAGUGGAGACAGACGGCCGCUUGGAAGGAGAUUUUUUUUUUAACGCCACUUUGCCAUCAUCUGAUCUGACAUGGCCACCGCAUAGGAAUCUGGCGACUGUCAGCUCGGCGACGAGGAUACGGGAGACUGAAAGCUGGAGGGAGGGACGCUCAGGCAAACUGAGAGAGGGAUGGCUGGGGGGGAGAAGCCGGGUGUGAAGAGCAGCAGCUCCAUCGUCCCCUGCUUCCUGUUUGUGGAGCUGGUGAUCAUGGCCGGGACGGUGCUGCUGGCUUACUACUUUGAGUACACAGACACCUUCCCCGUGCACGUCCAGGGCUUCUUCUGCUACGACAAGACCUUCUCCAAGCCCUACCCGGGCCCCGACGACGCCAGCAAGAUCCCCCCCGUGCUCAUCUACUCGCUCGUCACGGCGAUCCCCACCCUCACGAUUCUUGUUGGUGAGCUGUGUGCCUUCUUCGCCAAAGCAGAGGGAACCCAGGAGAAGACCAUUGUCACGGCAGACUGCUGCUACUUCAACCCCCUGCUGAGACGCAUGAUUCGUUUUUUAGGCGUCUACGCCUUUGGCCUGUUCACCACCACCAUCUUCGUCAACGCCGGCCAGGUGGUGACAGGAAACCAGACUCCCCACUUCCUGUCCGCCUGCCGGCCAAACUACACGGCGCUGGGCUGCCAGUCCACCAUGCAGUACAUAGGGGAGCGCCGCGCCUGCACAGGCAACCCGCUCACCGUCAUGUCCGCACGCAAAUCCUUCCCCUCCAAGGACGCGGCGCUGAGCGUCUACUCCUCCGUGUACACAGUGAUGUACGUGACGCUGGUGUUCAAGACCAAGGGCACGCGGCUGACCAAGCCCACCAUCAGCCUCACCCUGCUCUGCCUGGCCCUGCUGGUAGGCGUGGUGAGGGUGGCCGAGUACCGCAACCACUGGGCCGACGUCCUGGCCGGAUUCUUCACAGGGGGAGCCAUCGCUGUGUUUCUGGUGACCUGCGUGAUCAACAACUUCCAGCAGAUUCUGCCAAGUCCUCCUCCACCGCAGCCCCAGCGCCCUGAGUCCGUGCUGGGCAUGCCGAUGGUGACGCUGCCCUGUGUGGAGAGUCCACUCGAAAAGUUAAGUGGCCCUCAGCAUCCUGCACUCUCCUCCUCGCCACCUUACAACGCCUACGUUCAACCAUUCUAGCCACCUCGCCAUCGCCCCUCCCCACUACCUUGGUCAUCUGUCGCCUUAUUUCUGUUUCCUGCUCUGUUUUCUCCCUUCACCCACCGCCCCCUCCUCAUCGAGCGCAUCACUCUUGAUUAUUUUCUUCUUCACUUUUCUCCUUUUGCCCCAUCCUCCUUCUCUCUCCUCCCUUUCCCCUGCAGACUCCGCGGGGAUCUCCGUUCACCGAGAUCACAUGACCAUCAGCCCUAUCGGUUCCCCGCCACCCCCGAUGUCCUCAUAGCGUCUCGCUCCAUUUCCAGCGAAGUCUAGACCAGCCGGAGCAGCACUCGCCGCACUGCGCCGCCCACCCGGCCGGGCGGUACGCGACGCUGCACCGCUCCUAUUCCACUCAGGUCUAGACCCCCCCCCCACACCCACCCCCCCGAUCCAGCUCACACACACACACACACAAGCACAUCGCCCUGCUGCCCUUUUUAACUCCCGGGGAACCGAUAGGAAAAAUCUUCAAAGACUUGUCUCUCUGCAGGACAUUCAGUACAGAGUCCAUUCUUUACUUUUUGUAUGAACUCGUUGUGUGGAGCUCACGGGCCCGUGUGACUCUGCAGUCGGGGGGGGGGGACGUGUUGGACCGAACAAAACCCUCUGAAGGAUGCGUGUGCUGCCGAGAUUUACCUUUCAAAACAUCCUCUCAGCAAGAGACACACACACACACACACCCAUAGAAACACCCUCGCACAGCAGUGUGCGCAGUGCUCCGUACGCGAUUUACACAGAUCAAAGAACCCAUUUCACCUGACAAUAGCAAACACAGCUAAAAACCUUCGCUUUGCUAGUUCCCUUUUUUUUCCCUUUGCCAAAAAGAAAAAGAAACCUGAUGGGAAACGCAAUCACAUGUAAGACAAUGAUGAGACAAAGCCAGGCUCCCGAUUCCAGGACGGCACACAGAGAGCAUCAUAUUGGUUUGGUUUUGUAUUCUUCUGAGCAAACAAAACACUACGCCGCAACACGUUUGUGGGUUUUGGUUUAAUUCCCCCCCCUCCCACACAGCAUCAAUCAUCCUGAACUGGAAUUUUUCUUGUGACUGUUGUGAUUCAUUUGUGAGAUUUUCUGAACAGAUGUGUUUAUUGACGUGUAGAUACUGUGUGCUUGCAGUGAGCGUGACAGUUUUGCUGACCUUGAUUUUGCACACUCCCUUCAAUCCAAGUGGGUUUUUUUGUAUUUUUUUUUUUUAUUCCAACACAUCUUUUUUUACAACCUGUUUAGCACCUUCUCCCGGUGGGACCCUGACUAUAAAACCAUCGCUGUGCUGUGAAAUGUUUCCCUCUGCUGGACGACACACACACACCUACAUAAACACACACACACUCAACAUUAGUCUAUCUAAUCUAUCACUAAGCACAAUUCAAACACCUUCAAAAUCACGCACACACACACACGCACACACACACACACACACACACGCACAUGUGGUUGUUGCUGAACGUCGCCUUCCCAUCAUUUCUAGUUCUGAAACCUGUUUGUAUGAUAUUGUACAUAAACCUUUUUCCUAUUGAGAGUGGGAUUUUUACACAAGCAUCACCAACACUGAGUCUGGGGAUGUUGGGGUGUUGCGGUAUUGCGAUGACAGAGGACCGUGUGACUCAAAUCAAAGGGUUAUGAACUCAAAGCCCUUUUCAUUGUCAUGUGAGCACAAACUGUGGACGUGAACACCUUUUCAUGUCUUAGCGUGACAGCCGUGCGACGUUGUGCGAUGUCGAAGCAGCACUUAGUGAUUGUGUUCUUUUUGGAGUCGAGUUUAUAUCCAGCGAUUCGACCAACUUCUCAGAAAAGUAUCUGGUUCUCUAUCUGCUAAAUAAAAGUGUGUUCUGAGCCAUUCCUAUUUCUGUCCCGAGCGGUCUUGGGUCAGAGUGCAUUCCCUUUAAUGUGGGGCCCAAAACUAAAGCACUGUUUCCACGGUUACAGCUUGCCUGUGACGUAAAUAACAAACAGAACGUUUGUGUUUUCAACACUGAUAUGUUGCACUCAAAAAAAAACCCAGCAGAGAUGAAUUUGUUAAUCUUUCUAAAACUUCAUCCUCCAGUUGUUUGGUUCUAAUAAAGAUAUUGAUGAACAGCUUUUGGAAAUUUGGUUGUAAAUCUCAGGAGUGAUCACAUUUUGGAGAGAGGAUUAAAAUAAAUCUUGUCAACAAAAGCGAACGUUGUUAACCCGUCUUAAACAAAAAAUCACUUAAUGCUGCGUGUCGUAUUUACUUUUUAUAUUUGGCUGCUUGAGCUGACAGAAGAUUGGUCAAACUAGAUUUAUGUCCACAACUAUUGUGUUUUUAUACGAUAAAAAGGAUGCAUGUUUGGGGAGUCCCAUUCCGUGACGUUGUGUGUGCAGCGCAGCCAUCAAGAGCCUCCCACCCAGCAACUCUGCAACUUCUGCCGAGUCAGCGCAGGAAACACCGCGCACCUGCAGAGCUGCGACUUUGACCUGACCUUUGACCUGCAUGACGUCCCUUUGUGUCAUCAUUGCCCCCCCCCCCCCACCCGUUUCCCACCCUGCCUUCCAGCCCUCGCUAUCCCGAUGAAGCAGAAAUGCCUUAACAACAAUUAUUAAGUACGUUACAUUGACAGCUUACAGGUGUGUGUGUGUGUGUGUGUGUGUGUGUGUGUGUGUGUGUGUGUGUCGGCCCUUGGUGUCUCAGCCGUCCCGUGUGACCUGAAGCCAGCGCCAAAAGGGAAAAAGGUUCCUCCUGCAGGCUCUCCUUCGCCGGGGCUCGUGUUUUACAUCAAAGAACAAACGUGCUGCGGUCGACUGACGUGAAAUAGAAAGAGAAUUUAAAAGCACCCGACUCCUUUCAGAUCUGCAACUCUGAGGGAGAAACACGUUUCCUUUGAUCCUGUUGCAACAAACCCUUUUUGUUUUGUAAAGAUUUGUGUUGCGAGAACAAUAAAUGGAUAUUGCAAUAAGAAACGC